AUGAGUGCUAACAAAAAUUUAAAAAAUACGAUUAUACAGCCGUUAUGUGCAAAUGUUCAACAUGAUGAAUAUCAAUUGCUAUCAACUACACAAGUGGUAAUACCUGAACAGCGAAGUAUACAGCAACAAGGGCAAGAAAAUCAAACGAGAAGAAAGAAAUGUCGUGGCAAUCGAAAGAAACAACGUUAUCGACGACAACUUUAUAAUCAAGGUUUUGAUUCAGAAGCUGUGGCAAAGUUAGUCGAGGAAAAAUUCAAUCCUCAACUCCAACAAGAAACAAAUACAGAAACAGUUGAAGAGCGUGAUUCUCAUAAUAUUCAAGUCUCCAUCGGUUCAAACCAAGCGACAAAGUCUCCACGAAACAACAUUAAUAAUAAUAUUACUACUACUAUGGAAAUGGGAACUAAACGCAAAAGAAUCUUGUUAUCACCAACACCAACAACAGAAACAAUAUCAAUACUUGAUAAACCAAUAAGUCAAUUAUCAAUAUCACAAGCACGUGCUAAGAAAACCAAAACAGCAGCAGCUGAAACAAAAUCGAUACUUGAUCAACGUUUUAGUCAAUUAUCAAUAUCACAGGAAGACGUUAAGGAAACUAAACCAACGACAGCAACAACUACAACAGCAUUUGUAACUGAUGAAAUUAGCAAUGGUAAUAAUGAGUCAACAAUGAAUUAUUUAGAAAAUUUAAAACCACGUUAUUUAAAAGUAUCUGAUCGAAUAUUUAAACGAAUAUUAGUUGAAAGUAUUGAAAAUGGUUCCAAAUUAAUUGAAUCUUUAAAUACUCCUGAGAAAGUUCAAAUUGUUCGUGAAAUAACUGAAAUUACCAAUAAUUUAUAUCAUAAAGAUUUUCAAGAAAAAUUAUGGCAAGAAUAUUACAAUAUAAGUUCUCAAGACAUGCAUUGGGAAUUAAAGAUAACAAAACAAUUUGCUCGUCAAAACAGUCUACAUCAAAUAU